AUGCAGCUCACCCAGCAGGCAAUGAACUAUGCCAUUCGCUCAGGAAUCGCAAUUACUGCCACCUAUGCAAUGCGCCAAUCAUCACGCCUGCUCAAAAAUAUCGACAGCGAAGACCGUGAUCAGCUCUUGACAUUGCAACAACGACUUGAAAGUAAGAUACAGGUGAUAUCUCCGUCAAUUGAUAUGAUCGAAUUGAUUGCUGCGCGAGGUAAUACAUCUCUUGAGUCUGCAGUUACGCUCACAAAAUCCCUCCGCUGGGACAUUCAGGCUCUUGGGCAGCGAUUGGCAAGAGCUGCUGCAUCACAAGAAAAGGGAUCCAAGUCAUCCGGAGAUCGACAAAGCAAGGAUGCAGAAAUAAAACUCAUCAUCAAAGAUAUUAAGAGACUGCUUGCUCGGAUCGAGGAUGCAGUGCCCCUUAUGAACUUGGCUAUCACGACUUCUGGCGCUAAGCUCUCUACCAAUUUGCCUUCAACAGUAUCACCAUCGCGAUUGUUGCAAGCCAGUACAUUUCUUACUGCGGGUGACACUCAAUAUGCCAUGUCACAGUCUCAAGCUGUUCAAAUUGGGCCGACUUUUACAUUGUCCAUGUAUAUGCUCUUUGCCAGUCAUUUGCGUCCUCACGACGAAGAGUCCGUUCGUGAAGCAACAUGGAAGGAAGUCAUGCACAAAGCUCGAUUGAAACUGCGACGCGUUCCAAUUAACCUUUACUACUCUGAAAAUCAUCUUGGGUUACCACAGCUUCCAGGGAUGGCUCAAGUUGACGAAUAUGCCUACCAAGUCUUAAUUGUUGAAGAUUUGGAUGACGGUCGAGUCCAUACUUUCGAAGAAGGCGACCCGCAGCCUCAAGCUUGGGAAGGCGUUCCGAAUGCAGGCAUCCGAGAGAUUCUACCUGUUCAUCAAAUCUCCAAGAUAUUCUAUGCGGAUACAGGACGAAUCCUUAACAUUGCCAGCGAUGGGGAAACAAAUAACCCAGUAAUUUUACUCAAAAGAGAUGUGAAUGCUCUUCCACCUCGGCGAAUGAUGGAACACGACGAUGUGGAGGAUGAGUUUGUCUCAGAACCGGAAGACUUUGACGAAGAACAAGCGCAACUUGACGGGCAAUUGGGAGGAGACAGUUCUCUCGAUGAAAGUUUCGUCUCCCUGCAUGAAGACUCGAUUCCCAAAGAAUGGCGACUGCCUGCUGGUUUAGACCCGGAAUGGAUUGCUUUCGAGGUCUACAAUGAAGACGAGUCUUCGGAUACUGAGUCCGAGACAGAACGCCCGCAAACCCCAGUAGCAGAGCGAUCCAUAGACCCAAGCAUGAUAGCUAAGCUGUCUCUCAAGGACAAGAUAAACUCUCCGUCCCCAUCCCCAACACCUAAUCAAAUUACCACAACUGUCUCAAAUCCCCUCUUUGAUAACAUCCGAACAUCACUCUCCCUCCUUGAAACUAUCCUCCGCCUUACCUCCCUACAACAAUUCCAGCAACAAUCACACCUUUCUAUCAGCGAUGAACUCCUCAACUUCUUCCUUGAGGAAUCCUCUACGACCGGUGCCGGUGGCGACGAGCAACACCGCCAGCGCCUUCGACAUGAAGCACGACGUCGCGUGGGAUGGGAUCCUUACGAUGAGAGUCCAGUCAAGCACCGCGGAGAGGAUUAUCAAUACCAUGCAGAACCUGGCAGCCCUUCUGGCUAUUCGAGAGAUGACGAGGACUCUUCGACCGGCGGAGCACGUGGCUUACAAUUUCAUUCUCGAGAGAAUACACCGGACUCAACGCAGAGGCGGGGGUCUCUCAGUGUUCGCCCAGGUCAGAGACGCCAAACUGGGCUGCGAGAUAUGACACCAGCAUACACAGAUACGCACGAGGAAUCACCACGACAGAGUUCGCCACUUAGUAGAAUGCCACGGCGGUCGAGAGAUAUCUAG